UCUUCGCUUCCUCCGGCGGGAAGAAAGAAAGGAACGAAGGAGGAGCGGAUCGCCGGCGCGAUAUUCGGCACCGACGUCCUUCUAGGGUUUCGCGGUCCCCAUUCCGGCGGGAGGAUUUCCGGCGCCGGGGGAGAAAUCGGAGUCGCGAUCGUGGUCGCCGGUUCGGGAGGCGAUGGAAGUCGGCGACGUGUUGCAGGAGCUGUUGGGCGUGGAGGUCGAGCUUCAGGACGUCCAAGACCAGAUAAAGGUCUUGCUUGAUCGGCAAGAGAAGCUGUAUGAGCGGCAGUCUGAGCUGAAAUCUUUGUUGGAGGCAUGCGAGGAUGUUGGCAGCCCAGUGAGGGAUGGCGCUUCGACGUCGGGGGAAGAUUGGUCGGGCACUUUCGACUGGGAUGCUCGAGCUGACGAUGUCAAAUUCAACAUUUUUGGGAUACGCAAGUAUCGCGCGAAUCAGCGGGAGAUCAUAAAUGCCAUUAUGAGUCGAAGAGAUGUCCUGGUCAUCAUGGCUGCUGGUGGUGGCAAAAGCCUCUGCUACCAGCUUCCUGCCAUUCUUCAGGAAGGAGUUGCCCUUGUUGUCAGUCCUUUGCUUUCUUUGAUUCAGGAUCAGGUGAUGGGUCUGGCUGCAUUGGGCAUUCCAGCACAUAUGUUGACAUCAACGACUGGCAAGGACAAUGAAAAGUUUAUAUACAAGGCGCUUGAAAAGGGUGAAGGAGAGCUGAAAAUACUAUAUGUUACUCCAGAAAAGAUAUCCAAGAGCAAGAGGUUCAUGUCAAAGCUGGAGAAAUGCCACCAUGCGGGGCGUCUUUCUUUGAUAGCAAUUGAUGAGGCACACUGCUGUAGUCAGUGGGGUCACGACUUUCGGCCCGACUACAAAAACCUUGGUAUCUUGAAGACUCAGUUUCCCAGUGUUCCCGUGGUUGCUUUAACUGCAACUGCUACUUGGAAAGUACAAAACGAUCUGAUGGAAAUGCUGCAGAUCCCCAAGUGCGUGAAGUUUGUCAGCACUGUUAACAGGCCAAAUCUCUUUUAUAUGGUACGAGAGAAGUCAUCUGUUGCUAAAGUGGUUAUUGACGAAAUUGCUGAAUUUAUACGGGAAUCUUAUCCCAAUAAUGAAUCUGGGAUAGUUUAUUGCUUCUCUAGGAAGGAGUGUGAACAGGUUGCAAAGGAGUUACGUGAUAGAGGAAUUUCAGCAGAUUAUUAUCAUGCAGAUAUGGAUGUAAAUGCUCGUGAGAAAGUUCAUCUGAGGUGGAGCAAUGGCAAGCUACAAGUAAUUAUAGGGACGGUGGCAUUUGGAAUGGGAAUUAACAAACCUGAUGUCAGGUUUGUCAUCCAUCACAGUCUGAGUAAAUCAAUGGAAACAUACUACCAGGAAAGUGGGCGGGCUGGAAGAGAUGGACUUCCUUCAGAAUGUUUACUAUAUUAUAGGGCUGCAGAUGUUCCUAGGCAGAGUUCAAUGGUCUUCUACGAGAACUCUGGGUUGCAAAACCUAUAUGACAUAGUACGGUACUGUCAGAGUAAAAGACAAUGUCGCCGAAGUGCUUUUUUCAGGCAUUUUGCUGAAGCAGUGCAAGACUGCAAUGGAAUGUGCGACAAUUGUGCCUUCUCUAAUGAGAUCAAAGAGAUAGACGUAUCUGGCCAUGCAAAGCUUGUCAUUUCUUUGCUUCAAGAUGUACGGGAGAAGGAUCAGAGAUUGACCAUGUUGCAGCUGGUUGAUAAAAUAAAGACAAUGCAAAAGGAGUUAGGUUCUACUCUUAAGAAGGAGCAAUUAGAGCAACUGGUGAUACAGUUGAUACUGGAUCGAGUGUUGAAAGAAGAAUAUCAGCAUACAGCUUAUGCUACAAAUGCUUAUGUGACACUUGGACCAUUGACAAAGCAAGUUUUGCAAGGAAAGAUGAUGAUUAAGCUUGAGGUUUUAAGCGAUCAGAAAGGAAUGAACGACAAUAUCAAACAUACUAAGCGUGGCCUCACCACCUCUGGUUUGGAGUUUAAACUUGAUGAGCUGCGAAAGGAACUCUCUUCUAUCCAUGGGGGGAUAUUACCGCAUUCAGUCUUGACAACUCAACAUAUAAGCACGAUUAGCGCCAGAAAACCCAGCUCAAUAGAAGAGCUGGAAAGCAUAAUUGGGAAGCUCAAGGCAGGGAAGUAUGGGAGUAGAAUUCUUGAAGAAGUCGAGAAGUACGAAGGCUCUGAUCAGCCUGACAAGAAUUCAUCACGUAAAUGCCAAAGCAUUGAUCAUAGAGCAUCCAAGAGACCAAAGACAAAACCUCUGGUUCUUAUAGAGACAAGCGAAGAUGAAGAAUGAUAAAUUAUUUCGCAUCUCUUGAGCCAUUUUGUUGAAGUACCGUGAAUUUACGAAACGGAUGGGAAUUUGAUAUGCGAAGUAGAUUCGCACGCGAUGGUCCUGUUUGUAUUUUGCCUCAAACAGGUGAAUUUUGAUCUAUACAAUAUAUAUUCGUCCUCCUCUUUUGGAGGAUGGGCAGGCGGUGGAUCAGUUUACUUAGCUUGGUUGUA